AUGCCCUCCGCCGGUGUGGAGAUCCUGGGCAUGAUCCUGGCGGUGGCCGGGUGGCUGGGGGUGAUGGUGGCGUGCUGCCUGCCCAUGUGGCGCGUGGUGGCGUACGUGGGCCAGAACAUCGUGAUGGCGCAGGUGGUGUGGGAGGGCCUGUGGAUGAGCUGCGUGGUGCAGAGCACGGGCCAGAUGCACUGCCGCAUCCACGACUCCAUGCUGGGCCUGCCCCACGACCUGCAGGCGGCACGCGCCCUCACCGUCAGCGCCCUGCUGCUGGGCGUGCUGGGCAUCGCGCUGGCCGUGGCCGGAGCCAAGUGCACCAACUGCACCCACGACCCGGCCAGCAAGCCGCGGCUGGCGCUGGCGUCCGGGGCGGCGUUCGUGGCGGCGGGGCUGCUGCUGCUGGUGGCCGUGUGCUGGACCGCCAACGUCAUCAUCCUGGACUUCCACAACCCGCUGCUGGAGGAGACGCAGAAGAGGGAGUUCGGGAACUCGCUGUACUUCGGCUGGGCGGCGUCCUGCCUGCUGCUGCUCGGGGGCGCGCUCCUCUCCUGCUCCUGCUCCUGCUCCUGCCCGCGGAGAGAGCCCCGCGCCGGUGCCAGCGCCUCUGCCUCCGCACCCGCUCCCUCGCACUCCAGCCGUGCCCGCUACUCUGCCGUCAAAGCCCUGCCUCUCAACGGCCACGAGAGGAGAGACUACGUCUAG